AUGGAAACAUAUGGUUCUCCUUAUUUAGUCGGACUCAACCCCACACGAUAUCAAUUAAAAAACAUGUCAAGCAAUGACAACACCUCAAAUGAAGAUAUCACUCCUCUCCAUGUCUCUGUCUUCCAUAAGAAAAAUGAUUUCAUUGAUCGAUUAAUAGGGAGUUACGAGAUGAAUGUGAACAGUCAAGAUCUCUAUGGUGAUACCUCACUCAUCGUUUCUUCUCAAAUCGGCAAUUUAGAAGCAACUCAGAAGCUUUUAAAGUACAAUGCCGACAAAAACAUUCUCAAUCGUCAUGGUCAAACUGCCUUAUUUGUUGCUUUACGCUUUAAUCAUGCAGAUGUUGCCUUAGAGUUAUUAUCUUCAAUGGCAGGGAGUGAGGAGUGGUUAAACAUCACAGACAAUUUAGGGUAUACCAUUCUCCAUUACGCUUCAUUCACUAACUCCUUAGAAGUCCUUGACAAACUGGAGCAGUCUUGUUUCAUCGAUCAGAUGGUGACUAACACAACCAAUCCUGCUUGUUGUACUCCACUUCAUAUCGCAGCUGCCAAUGGUAAUGAUUUAGUCGUUCAAUGGUUACUGAACAAAGGUGCUUCUUGUGAGACGGAGAAUUGUAUGGGACAGUCUCCUCUUUUAUUAGCUAUUAAAUAUAACCAUCUCUCGACUAUUAAUAUCCUCUUACCUUUGUCAACUCCAAACAUCCCCGAUAACUAUGGACAACUCGCUUUACACUACGCAGCUGCGGUUGGCCUCCCUCUUGAAGUUUUACGUGCUAUUAGCUCCGCAUACCCACAAGCGGUAAAUAAGAUGGACACCAAUGGUAACUUCCCCUUCCAUCACGCAGUCAAAUCAGACUCGUUAGACGUUCUGCAGUUCUUCUUUCAGUCGCUGAACGUCCAAUUGAACACGACAACGAGCAGUGCGAAUUUGUUAGUGAAGAAGAACUCGAAUGGGAUGACGCCAUUGAUGUUAGCUGCUGCGUUAGGCAACAUGAAGUCGUUUUCAUAUAUCAAACGGCUUGGUGGGGAUAUCUACGCGUCGACGAUGAGUGGGUCGACGCCCUUUUUGUUAUCGUGUGCGUACGGGCGGUUGAAGAUGGCGCAGAGUUUGUUUAUGGAAGACCCAUCAGUCCUUUCUGAUGUCGAUCAUAGUGGGAACACUGCUGUUCAUUAUGCAGUUCAGAACAAUCGAGUUGAAGUGUUGAAUUGGUUGAAAACGGUAGGUGGGAAUCUUAUUAAGAAGGGGAAUGAGAUAGGAGAGACUCCAUUACAUUUGGCAUGUCUGUGUGGAUAUAAAGGGAUCAUAGAAAGUCUUACAUUUGCGUUGUCGAUGACGGAUGUGACGGUGUCGGGAAGAACGCCGUUCCAUUAUGCAGUGCUUGGAGGCCAUUUGGGAGUUGUUAAACAAGCGCGACAUAGUGCGGAGAUGGCUUGUUUUGCGGCGGAUAAGAAUCGACUGACGCCGUUACACUACUGCGCGAUGAACGGAAUGGUCCACUUGGUCAACGAACUUCUGGCGGCGUGUCCGGCGCUAUUAAAUGCGCGAGAUGGGUGUGGGAGAACACCAUUACAUAUCGCUGUAGUGUGCGAUGAUGCGGUGAUGGUGAAACGGUUACUUGAGCAUGGAGCUGAUGUGAAUCAAUUAGAUAUCCGGAAGAUGACAGCGGGGCAGUCAGCGAUCAAUCGUGGGUUUGUUCAUUGUUAUGAAUUGAUCAAUGGACAAAAGGAGUUUACGGUCUUAAAGCGAGUUCGAAUGGUUUCUGAGUUUCAAAUGACAGAUGACAACUUGUUGAGUCUUGAAAUCAAUAAUGUCGUCGACGUCUUUUGGGAAAAUAAAAAGGGAUGGGCACUCGGGCAAUCUCACGGGAAAUAUGGCCUAUUCCCAUUGGCUAAAGGUGUCACUCUCCCGUUGGAAAAAGAUGAACAAAAGAAGAUUGGAGUGGUGCUGGAAGGAAAGAAAAUGGUCAAGAAAAACGUCGACCGGAAUCGGUCCAUGUCCGUCUUUAAACAGGAAAAAAAUGACGCGAAAAAUGUGGAGGAAAAAAUCACAAAUUUGGACCCCCAACUGCUUGUAAAAUUGCAAAAACAACAGGCAGGUGGAGCGCCAAAGAAAAGAAGAGGAGGAGUACCUUCAGUCGACGUUUAA